AAAAAAAGAAAAAAAUUCACUGUAUAGAAGAAAUUAGUGAGCAAAGACAAAAGAAAAAGAACAGAGAAAAGGAAAGAGAAAGGGAAAUGGAGAAGGUUGAGAAAUCACCAAUUUCCACAGAAGAAGAGGAAGACACUGAAAUGGGGGAAGGAGACGUUGUUGAAAACCCUAAAACCAGCUCGAAAUCCAGUAGCGAUUCGGAGUCAAGCGAUUCGGAAGACGAAGCGGAGCAGAAUGAGCAGCUUCAAACCCUAGAAUCUGAGCUCUCCACCAAUCCCUCCAACUACGACGCUCAUGUCCAGUACAUAAAGCUCUUGAGGAAAAGGGGUGAAAUUGAGAAGCUACGAGAAGCAAGGGAGAACAUGAAUGCACUGUUUCCACUGAGUCCUUCAAUGUGGAUGGAAUGGGCCAAAGACGAAGCUUCUCUUUCGGAUGAUUCCGGUUUCGAGGCAGUCCAGAAGCUUUACGAGAGGGGCAUCUCCGAGUAUCUCUCUGUCUCCCUUUGGUGUGAGUACCUGAAUUAUGCACAAGAACAUGAUCCAGAAGUACGUCAAUGUUCAGCUGAUGGGAUUUCAAAGGCAAGGAAUCUGUUUGAGCGUGCUGUUACUGCUGCUGCUUUGCAUGUUGCUCAAGGCUUUCGAAUAUGGGAUGCCUACACCCAAUUUGAGCAAGCUAUUUUGCUUACUAUUGACCACUCCGACAUUCAGGCUAAAGAGAAACAGGUCCAGUGCAUACGAAGUAUAUUCCACCGUCACUUGUCUAUUCCUCUUGCUAACUUGAGGGCAACCCUUCUUGCCUACAAGGCUUGGGAGGUGGAGCAAGGAAAUGCUCUUGAUGCUGAGUCCGACACUGUGGAUGGGAUUUCAUCCCAUGUUGCUUCAGCUUACCAAAAGGCAGAGGAGAUGUACAAUGCCCGCGCUCAUCAUGAAGAACAGAUCACUAGACAGGAUAUAUCUGAGUCAGAGAGAUUUCAACAUUUCAUGAGUUACUUAGAAUAUGAACAAUCCUUUGGUGAUCCAGCCCGAGUCCAAAUUCUGUAUGAACGUGCCAUAACUGACUUUCCUGUGUCAAGUGAUCUCUGGCUUGAUUAUAUGCGCUAUCUUGAUAAAACCUUGAAGGCUGGAAAUGUUGUGAAGGAUGUUUAUUCCAGGGCUACAAGAAACUGUCCUUGGGUUGGAGAACUCUGGGUUCGAUAUUUGCUAUGUUUGGAGCGUGGCCAUGGUUCUGAGAAAGAGAUAUCUUCUGUCUUUGAGAAGUCUUUGCAAUGCACAUUUUCAACCCUUGAGGAGUACCUUGAUUUGUUCCUCACCCGAGUAGAUGGCUUGAGGCGUAGAAUUUCAUCAGCUAGAGGAGACGAUGUGUUGAACUAUUCAUUGAUUAGGGAAUCUUUUCAGCAAGCAGCAGAUUACUUAUCCCCACACAUGAAGAAUGCUGAUGGUUUAUUGCGUUUGCAUGCUUAUUGGGCCCGCUUAGAGCUGAAAUUGGGCAAUGAUUUAGUUGCAGCACGUGGUGUUUGGGAGAGCUUGCUUAAGACCUGUGGUUCAAUGUUGGAAGCAUGGCAAGGUUAUAUAUCAAUGGAAAUUGAAUUAGGUCAUAUAAAUGAAGUCAGGGCCAUAUAUAAGAGAUGCUACAGCAAAAGAGUCAGUGGAACAGGUUCAGAGGACUUGUGCCAUGCUUGGUUGCGCUUUGAGAGGGAAUUCGGAACACUGGAAGAUCUCGACCAUGCUUUGCAAAAGGUUACCCCUCGUCUUAAGGAGCUGCAAUUGUUUAGGUUACAGCAGGAAUCUAAAUCUGUCAUUGAAGCAACAGAUAAAAGAGAGAAAACCUCUCAGAAAACUGCACGUGAAAAGAGGAAAUCAGGUUCAAGUGCAAUUGAUGAACAGUCUCCAGCUAAGCGGCAGAAAAAUGCUUCUCAGUAUCAGAAAAAAUUGCAUGAGAAAGAGAACACACAGGGGAAGAAUGUAGCCGAAGCAAAUGAUGGGGAAGGGAAAAAAGGCAAGGUUGACAAACCAGUAAACGAGCAGCAGAUGAAAGACACUGGUCCUGGUAAAACCAGAUUAUAUACAGAUCAGUGCACUGCAUUUAUAUCAAAUCUUGACUAUAAGGCAAAUUAUGAAGAUCUACGUCAAUUCUUUAGUGAUGUUGGUGGGAUCACUUCAAUGCGAAUUCUGCAUGACAGGUUCACUGGAAAAUCAAGGGGACUGGCAUAUGUGGAUUUUGUGGAUGAUGAACACCUUGCUGCAGCUGUAAUGAAGAAUAAGCAAAUGUUGCUUGGGAAGAAGUUGAGCAUUGCACGGUCAAAUCCUAAGCAACGUGAGAGGGAAUCUUUUGUUCUUAAUGCACCUGGUGGACAUGAAGAUGCUAGCAACCGAAGUGGAAUUGAUGGGAGUUCUGCAUCUAAAGAAUCUGUUGAAAGCCCUAAGGGAUCUAGGGUACCACAAUCUACUGCUAGCAAGCGUGUUGAGAACUUCCAGCUUAAGGGGAAGAACACGUUUGCGGUGCCAAGAAAUGUUAGACCACUCGGAUGGACUAGUAACAAACCAGAAACCAGGGAAGAGGGAGAUGAGAAGCCAAAAUCAAAUGAUGAGUUCAGAAAAAUGUUCAUGAAAAUCUGAAGUUCAUUCUCAAAGUUACUGAUUAACAGCAUGCUCAAAAUAUUAUCCUUGUACAAAUAUUAGUAGCUAAAUACCAAUUUUGUGAUAAAUUGGUUGUGGUUUUUAAUAACUCAUUGCCGCUAAAGCCUUCUUUAUGGUCAUAUAAAAUUGCUGCAAUUACAUUUGGUUCACAAUGUUUUGUUGUGUAAAGCUCAGCUCAUCCUUGAGUUCCAGCUCCCAAAUCCGAGAUGGGAUAAGCCAGAAAAAGGGCAUCCUAGAGUGGUGGGUGCUGCUUUGCAGUAUUCUUUGUCUCAAGCAAAGGCAGGAUGGAUGAAACUAUAAAGACAUCCGGUCUGGAGUCUGGACCACCAAAGCACUAGCGAGUACUGUUGAGAAACCAGCAGGCAAGGCAUGGCCUGCAGAGUGUGGAUGUGGAUGUUUGAAUUAUGAUUAUCAUGUCAUGGCUCAGAGCAAGAGAUAGAAGGAAGGUUGUGUUGUCUUGUUAUUGGCGUUUGAUAGGCAGGGAAUGCUUUGGUCUGCGGGAGCAUGCUUUCACACGUGGUAAACCCAAUCACCUACUCCUUGUAACUACCCAAUCAUUCCAUUUCAAUUUCAUUACUACUACUGCUACUAUCACUGGUGCUGCUACUUACCAUCACUUAAUCAAUCUGCAGUGCAUUUAGUUUUACCAUUAGGUUUAGAGGCCCAUGUUUCCCUAGCAGGAAUGAAAAAGUAAAACCAUAAAAUUUAAUGA